GGGGCGGGGGCUGAGGGGAGGUGCGGCCGCGGCGGUGGACGCGCGUCUGUGCGGCCUGGUCAGGGCCAUGUCCGUGUGAGGACGCCGCAGCCGUCACCCCUUGCUCUCGCGCCGGCCAGCGCCAUGGGCUCCAUCCUGAGUCGCCGCAUCGCGGGCGUGGAGGACAUCGACAUUCAGGCCAACUCGGCCUAUCGCUAUCCCCCGAAGUCCGCAGGAAACUACUUUGCUUCGCACUUUUUCAUGGGAGGCGAGAAAUUUGACACCCCCCAUCCUGAAGGUUACCUCUUUGGAGAGAACAUGGAUCUGAACUUCCUGGGCAGUCGUCCAGUCCAGUUUCCCUAUGUCACCCCUGCCCCCCAUGAGCCAGUAAAGACACUGAGGAGCCUGGUGAACAUCCGCAAAGACUCCCUCCGGCUUGUGAGGUACAAAGACGACGCAGACAGCCCUACCGAGGACGGUGAGAAGCCCCGUGUGCUCUACAGCCUGGAAUUCACCUUUGAUGCCGACGCCCGCGUGGCUAUCACCAUUUAUUGCCAGGCAGUAGAGGAGUUCUUGAACGGCAUGGCAGUGUACAGCUGUAAGAACCCUUCUCUGCAGUCUGAGACCGUCCACUACAAGAGGGGCGUCAGCCAGCAGUUCUCCCUGCCCUCCUUCAAGAUUGACUUCUCCGAGUGGAAGGAUGAUGAGCUGAACUUUGACCUGGAUCGGGGUGUGUUUCCAGUAGUCAUCCAGGCUGUGGUGGACGAAGGAGAUGUUGUUGAAGUGACUGGCCAUGCUCAUGUGCUCUUGGCUGCCUUUGAGAAGCAUGUGGAUGGCAGCUUCUCUGUGAAGCCGUUAAAGCAGAAGCAAAUUGUGGACCGUGUCAGCUACCUGUUGCAGGAGAUCUACGGCAUCGAGAAUAAGAACAACCAGGAGACCAAGCCGUCCGAUGACGAGAACAGUGACAACAGCAGUGAGUGUGUGGUGUGCCUGUCGGACCUGAGGGACACACUGAUCCUGCCCUGCCGCCACCUGUGCCUCUGCACUUCCUGUGCUGACACGCUGCGGUACCAAGCCAACAACUGCCCCAUCUGCCGGCUGCCAUUCCGAGCUCUCCUGCAGAUCCGGGCUGUUCGGAAGAAGCCAGGGGCCCUGUCUCCCAUCUCCUUCAGCCCUGUCUUGGCCCAGAGUGUGGACCACGAUGAACACUCUUGUCCCUUUAAAAAAUCAAAGUCGCACCCUGCCUCCCUGGCCAGCAAGAAACCUAAAAGGGAAACAAGUUCGGACAGUGUCCCACCUGGCUAUGAACCCAUCUCCUUGCUUGAGGCACUGAAUGGUCUACGGGCUGUCUCCCCGGCUAUCCCAUCAGCCCCCCUCUAUGAGGAGAUCACCUACUCAGGCAUCUCAGAUGGUCUGUCCCAGGCCAGCUGUCCUCUCGCUGGACUCGAUCGAAUCAUAGAAAGUGGCCUACAGAAGGGGAAGCCACAGAGCAAAUCUCCAGACAGCACCCUUCGGUCUCCAUCAUCCCCCAUCCACGAGGAGGAUGAGGAGAAGCUUUCGGAGGACUCUGAUGCUCCUCUCCCACCAAGUGGUGUGGAGCUUGCGCUGCGGGAGAGCAGCUCCCCUGAGAGUUUCGGAACAGAGGAGGUGGAUGAGCCGUCUCUAAAGCAAGGGAGUCGUGUGCCCUCUGUUGAUGAUGUCCUGCAGGAUGGCAGCCCCCAGCACCAUGGUUGCAGCCAGCCAGCACCUCCUGCUGACAUCUACCUACCAGGAUGGUCCAUCUCCAUGGAGACGCCACACAGCCUUGGCACCACCAGCUCCCCCUGGCCUCUGCUGAGUGGCUCUAGUUCUGAGCCUGGAGCUACUGAGCUGACCCCACUCUGAGAGCCUGGCUCAGCCAGCAGCACAGAGCCCUCAGUAUCCCCAAAAUUGCCAGGAGGCUUCCCUGGAGCCCAGUGAGACCCUGGCCUCUCCUGUCUGCAAGCCUGAUGUGGCCACUGGGCUUUGAGGGGCUAUAGUGAACCUUGAUCAAAGUGCACGGUGGGUCGCCACCCCCACCCCUCCUUUUCUAUGGUCGAUAUAUUUGUAAAUGGUACAAGAUGAAGGACAGCUUUCUCCAUGGGCCGUAGGCCCUAGAGGGGCUCCCCAACUGCCCAGGUUGAUGCUCUAAGCACUUGGCAAACCAGCAGAAGAGAAUCUACCCAUGGAGUGAAGUUCUGGAAGGUGGGCAACCCAGGUUACGGUUGAUGAAGGAAACGGUGCCUGUCUACCUGUCCCGUGUGUGUCCUCCAGGGCAGCCAGGCUGUCGCUGCUUCUGUCACCUUAUGUAUGUCCUGUCCAUGGGUGACCCUCCCUACUAGUGACCUCUGGCAGCUGGGGCAGCUGGGGGCAAGGCCUGGGUGGUGAGAUUGUGUUAACAGCACAGACAUCUGCAGUGGUUGGUAUCCAGUACCCCUCACAGGUCCUGUUUCACUCACUUCCUCACAUGCCUCCAAGAUGGAGAUGUUCGCGCUUGCAGGGCGCCACUGCCACUGCCCACCACCUGCCAGGGAAGAGCCUGAGCAGCUCCCAUAGCAAACCCGUUGGCAGUUACACGUCCUUUUGCGUUUCUCCUUGGUUUAUUGUCUGAGAUCCUGUCAUAGCCCACCUAGGAGCAGGGUCCCGGUGAUACUUAGCCUCUAAGGCAAAGGGCCCAUGGGUGGCCCCAGGGCAGAGGUGCCUAGGCAGUGCAGCUACCCUGGUAGGCGGGUAUGGAGCUGCCCUGCCACUCACCCAGGUGACAACCUGUAGUAAUGCAUGGAGCCCCCUUUUAGGCUCAGGGUUGCUUGAGCUCUGGCUCUGCCUCUGUUCCUUUUUAGCAGUGGCUGGCCUGGACUCUGGUAAGCCAGUGAGCAGAGCCCUGUCUGAACAUCCAUCAGCCCUCUCCUGCUGAACGCACACAUAUGCACACACAUCAGCAUGUGCAUGCCCACCCCUCACCUGCCAAAACCCUGGCCUCUGGCCGUGGUACUGGUGCCAGUACUUUGAAAGAUGGGAUACAGACUACAGACUCUCAUGUCUCAGAUUCACAUGUGCUAUCAUUUGAUGUACUCUGAUUGGCUAGUUUUUUGUUUGUUUUUACUGUAUAUUUAUAGUAAUAAAAUCAUGCAGCAAUA